UCUGUAUGUAGUCACACAUUUCAAAGCUAAAUUGGACUCUUGCAUCAAAUGGAAAAAGGCAUGCUCUAUAAGUGUCAAACAUGGUCAAGUCUAGUAUGCUAUACAUUCAAAUUUCACACACACCCUUUGAGGUUUUCAAUACAAGUUCAACCCAAAUGGCUUCCCUCAGCAGCAGCAUCCUGAAGCAAAGGUCUUCCCUUGCAUGCUACCACCCCAUCAUGGGGAGGCUCUUCUCCACAGCCACAGUGGUUGACUCUCCUUCUCUUGCUCAGAGAAUCAGAGAUUUGCCUAAGGACCUCCCUGGAACCAACAUCAAGAAACAUGUUUCUCAGCUCAUUGGGAGGACUCCACUGGUUUAUCUCAACAAAGUAACUGAAGGAUGUGGAGCUUAUGUUGCUGUCAAGCAAGAGAUGAUGCAACCCACCGCCAGCAUCAAAGACAGACCAGCAUUUGCAAUGAUCGAAGAUGCUGAGAAAAAGAAUCUGAUAUCUCCUGGAAAGACAACUUUGAUUGAGCCUACAUCAGGCAAUAUGGGCAUCAGCAUGGCAUUUAUGGCUGCCAUGAAGGGGUAUAAGAUGGUUUUGACAAUGCCCUCUUACACAAGCUUGGAAAGAAGGGUGACCAUGAGAGCAUUUGGAGCUGAGUUAAUCCUCACUGAUCCAACCAAAGGGAUGGGAGGAACUGUAAAGAAGGCUUAUGACCUUUUGGAAUCCACACCAAAUGCUUUUAUGCUGCAACAAUUUUCAAACCCUGCCAAUACUCAGGUGCAUUUUGAAACAACAGGGCCUGAGAUUUGGGAGGAUACAAAUGGACAAGUAGACAUAUUUGUUAUGGGAAUAGGAAGUGGAGGAACAGUCUCUGGGGUUGGGCAAUAUCUCAAAUCCAGAAAUCCUAAUGUUAAGAUAUAUGGAGUGGAGCCAAGUGAAAGCAAUGUGCUGAAUGGUGGUAAACCUGGUCCUCAUCAUAUAACUGGCAAUGGGGUUGGAUUCAAACCGGACAUAUUGGACAUGGAUGUAAUGGAAAAAGUUCUUGAAGUUAGCAGUGAAGAUGCAGUUAACAUGGCUAGGGUGUUGGCCUUGAAGGAAGGACUCAUGGUAGGUAUAUCAUCUGGAGCUAACACAGUUGCAGCACUCAGAUUGGCUCAGCUGCCUGAAAACAAAGGCAAACUCAUUGUGACUGUUCAUCCAAGUUUUGGCGAACGAUACCUGUCAUCUGUCCUGUUCCAAGAGCUUCGUCAAGAAGCUGAAAACAUGCAGCCAGUUGCAGUUGAUUAAUUCUAUGCAUAAGGACUUAGCAAACUUUGUUGUGGAGUUACAUGGAUCAAACUAGUUGUUACAAUCCUGUUGUAGCAAAAACUGUUAAAAUCAUCUUUUAAUUCUGCAGCAGAAAAUGUCAAUUAAAGCUGUGCUAAUUGGAAAAUCUUUUAGUUAUACGUUUGUAUUCUUCUUUUUUUGUUGUUUCGUUUGUAAUUGGGGAAAAAAGUAUAAAGUAACCGAACUGUCUUAAAAAAAUUGAAUAACGAUAAUUCUAGGAAUCAAAUCCUAUUAUGUGUAAA